CUUAGAAUUACUGCAAUGGCGAGUCUCGCUAGCAUCAAGGCCGUGCUCACGCUCGACAACGACGGCGAACGCGUCCUCUGUCGCUACUUUGACCCCGCUUGGAUGGCCUCCGUCAAGGAGCAGCGCGCGUUCGAAAAGAGCCUCUUUACAAAGACCUAUCGUGCUGCCUCUGAUAUUAUCAUGCUAGAAGGCGUCACCUGCGUAUAUAAGAGCAGCGUCGACCUCUUCUUCUACGUGAUUGGCGCCCCCGACGAAAACGAACUUUUGCUCUCGUUUGCACUCAACACAUACUUUGAUGCCUUGGCGCAAAUGCUGAGGAACCAAGUCGAGAAGCGCGUCGUUAUGGAAAACUUUGACGUGGUUGCCCUCGCAUUGGACGAGCUGGUUGAUGGCGGCAUCAUCCUGGAGGCCGAUCCUGCCGUUAUUGUGCAGCACGUCGCCGUGCGUAACAACGACGAGGUGCCGAUUGCCGAGCAAUCAAUUUCGCAAGCCCUGCAAACAGCAAAGGAGCAGCUAAGUCGCUCGUUCUUGAAAUAACGGCUGGGCUCCAGUAUUUCGGCUCUCUUGCUUGUGGGGUUUCAUGUUUUAGUGUCGUCUUGUUUGGAGAGGGCGGGUCAUUGUCACCAGUCCCCGCACCAUUCCGUGUUGCCGGUGCUCUUCGCUUUUGUCGAGCUGUGCUGGUAGUUUUUGAUUGUUUUUGUUGUUCUAAUUUCUUAUGUGUAUUGAUCAAUGAACGCUUUUGUAACAAGCUCAGCACUUCACGAAACGAG